AUGCCUGCCUUCCAUGCUCCAAAAAUCGAGGUCGGUAUUAAACAUUUACCCCUUAACACACGAAUAUACGGUCCUUCAGACGAAGUCAGCUUACAUGGCAAUCUCUGGACUCCGUCGGCCUGGUUUGAGGAGGAGAAAACCGUCUCCCGCCGUUGGGUUUGUGGGUUACUACAGGCCCUAUACCCUUCCUUUCGCCUUCAACAGCCUUCACCCCCGCGAAGUAAUUGGAUGUACAUCUCCUUUAAUAGGUCUAACCUUCUCCACCUAAUCAAUGCGCCGAACCCAGUGUGUCAGGCAAUGAAUAAAGUGCAGAGAACGCAGUUUCUUGAGUCAUCCUUCGAGAUCAAGUUUCGUGGCUAUCCAUGGAAAGCAGGCGGAACUGAGACUGUCCAGACGUAA